UAAAAUGUUAAUACAUAGACAUUGCACGGAUGCUCAUAUAUUUACAGAGAUGCCAGACUUUGAUUUAUUGGCAUGUUGGGUUCAACGUUUGCGUCCAAAUAUUUGAAAUCAAGCCAGAGAACUCUCACACUGCUAAGCCAAUGCCUCACUAUUGCUCAGGUCAAGCAAAUUCAGUCGCACCUCACGGUUUCAGGUACCAUUUUGGACCCUUACGCCGCCGGAAAGGUUGUAGCUUUUUGUGCAAUUCACGACGGCGGCGAUCUCUCCCAUGCUUUUCAGCUUUUUCUUCGUUUACCCCACCGGACCGCCUUCAUUUGGAACACCAUCAUCAGAGGUUUCUCUGAGAAAAACCAACCCACGAUGGCCAUCUCUCUAUAUAGGGAAAUGCUCGAGAGUGGAUUCUUGCCCAACAACUACACCUUCUCUUUUAUCCUCAGAGCUUGUGCUGAGCUCUCUGAUUUGAUAUUGGGUUUCAGUUUCCAUGCCCAAGCUAUUAGGUUGGGGUGGGAGCAGUAUGAUUUUGUGCAAAACGGGUUGAUUCAUUUGUAUGCAACUUGUGACUCCGUGGACCUUGCUCGGAAACUGUUUGAUGUGAGUUCUAAUCGGGACGUAAUCACGUGGACUGCUCUGAUUAAUGGGUAUGUAAAAGCUGACCGAAUUGAUACCGCACGCGAAAUGUUUGAUCAGAUGCCGGAGAAGAAUACAGUUUCAUGGAGUGCAAUGAUUAAUGGGUAUGUGCAAGUUGGGUUAUUUGAAGAGGCUCUGGAGCUUUUCAAUGUUAUGCAGAUUUCGGGGUUUCGACCUAGCCACUCAAGCAUUGUGGGAGGGCUUACUGCCUGCGCUUCUCUGGGCACGUUAGAUCAAGGUAGGUGGAUACAUGCUUACGUUGAUAGAAAUGGACUGGAGUUGGAUAGAGUCUUGGGAACUGCACUUAUCGAAAUGUAUGCUAAGUGUGGGUGGAUUGACACUGCUUGUCGCGUGUUUAACAAGAUGCCGAAGAGGGAUGUCUUCGCCUUUACUUCUUUGAUCUCAGGCCUUGCCAAUCAUGGGCAAAGUGCAAGGGCUAUUAAGUUGUUUGCUAGGAUGGAUAAUGAAGGGGUUAGACCUAAUGAAGUUACUUUUAUUUGUGUACUAAAUGCUUGUAGUCGAAUGGGGCUGGUGACUGAAGGGUGGAGAAUCUUUGAAAGUAUGAGUCAAGUUUAUGGAAUCGAUCCAGGAGUCCAGCACUAUGGCUGUUUGAUGGAUCUCUUGGGCAGAGCAGGGAGGAUAGAGGAGGCUAAGAAGUUGUUGAUAGAGAUGCCCAUGGAGCCAGACUCCUAUGUGUUGGGUGCAUUGCUUAAUGCAUGUAGAGUUCAUGGCGUCUUUGAUUUGGGCAAAGAAAUAGUUGAGAGCUUAGAGCAGCGGAGUCAUGACCCUUGUGGGGUACAUGUUCUCCUUUCUAAUAUGUAUGCAUCUGCUGAUCAAUGGGAGGAUGUGAUGAAAGUAAGGGAAGGGAUGGAAGAGAAGAAAGUAAGGAAGAUACCGGGGUGUAGUUUAAUUGAAGUGGAUGGUAAAGUUUGUGAGUUUGUGGCUGGAUAUCAGUCUCACAUGCUUACGGAUGAGAUCACGUUGUCACUAUUUGGGAUUGCCAAGCAUUUGAAGUCUCUUUGGUUGAAUGACGACAACAACAUACAUGAUGAUGGCAAUCACCACAAUGAUAUGACCCUUGCGCAAGUUCACUCUUAGCCAGUGAAUUUUCUCCUGGAGAUUUACCGACUCCAGAUUCAUUCAUUUCAGUUCUGUGGGACUACUCUAAUAACAAACUGGUGGGGGGAAGUCAAAGUAUAUCCAAAUUUUUUGGUGAUUUUAUGCCAAGGCCUUGGCAGACAGUUUGUUUAUGACCUUGAAUAAUCUGUGGUAUGUCCUCAGUGAAGCCUUGUUUACAGUUUCUAACUCAUUUUUAUACUGACAGACCUUUAUUGUGAUUGCAUAAGGAACGAGAACAUAUUUGGUGUUCAUAUCCUCUUCUUCUUUUUUAUCCUCUUAAAUUA